AUGAGAGGGAGAAGUAAAAGGAGAAACUGAGGGAGUGCAAAAAAAAAACCCAGAGAGGACAGCUCAGCAAACCAGCAGCAUUCCUCUCAGAAGUCCAAAGAUCCACACUGAGAGAGAAAGCUGAGCUCAUUAAGUGGGAGAACACCAGAAGUUGCGUUUUAUGUCUUCCUUUCCCUAUUGGGUUAAGAAGCCUACUCUUCUCUGAAGAGGAAAGAGACUAAGAAGAGAGAGGACUAAGAGAGCUUCUGCAGCCUCCGUGCCUCCUGAAGGAAAAGAUGGAUUCAGACUCUGGAGAGCAAAGUGACGGAGACAUCUCUGCAGGACAGGAGAGCUUUAACUCCCGGUCCUUGGCCAUGCAAGCCCAGAAGAAAAUCCUAAGCAAGAUGGCGACCAUGGCUGUGGCUAACAUGCUUACAGAUGACACCAGUAGUGAGAUCCUUGAUGAGCUUUACAAAGCAAGUCGUGAAUUCACCAAGAGCAAAAAAGAAGCACACAAGAUCAUCAAGGACGUGAUCAAGAUUGCCCUAAAGAUUGGCAUCUUGUACCGCAACCACCAGUUCAAUCCUGACGAGUUGGACACAGUGGAGCGUUUCAAGAAGAAGAUGAACCAGGCAGCCAUGACGGCGGUGUCAUUUUACGAGGUGGAUUAUACAUUUGACAGGAAUAUUCUGGCGGAGCUCCUGCUGGAGUGCAGGGACCUGCUUCACGCCCUGGUCGAGGGGCACCUGACCGCACGCUCACAUGCGCGCAUUGAUCACGUUUUCAACCAUUUCGCCAAUGGGGAUUUCCUGGUUGAGCUGUAUGGGGACGGAGAGGAGUACAGACUCUCUCUGAGGAAGAUCUGUAAUGGCAUCAACAAACUGCUAGAUGAAGGAACACUUUAACCUUUAACAACUCUCUCUCACCUCUACAACUCAUUCUCUCCUUGCUCCUUUUCUUGCUGGUGUCUCCUGCCUUCUUUCAUUUCCUUUUUACCUGCCCACCCCUGACAGCAAACAUCCUCCCUGUUCCUUAUCUCGCUCGUCUUCCUGUUUCUUCUCCAUCUAUUUUCAUGGAGGUUUAUGUAACAUCCUGUUGCAAUGGUUCAGUCUUUUAGACUGCGUCUUCACUCAGUGGAUCUUUGCAACAUACCGGGGUACUAUGUUUCACAAUGUAUGCAUCAUACAUCCCUUUCUGUGCUAAAGCGUACUGUACCAACAGCCAAAAAUCUGUAGUAGGAUGUUUAUGAAGGAUAAUCAGUCAUAGAAAGCAGUCUCUGUGUGUUUUGAAUGUUUUCCAACGUAUGCGAUUUGCUUGAAUAAUGUUGUGAACACUCUGUCAUGGUAUGCUUGUUAUUAGUCUGUGUCUUCUCAAAAAGGGUGAUAGCACUUGUCUUUUAUUAAAGAUUUCUUUAAAUCAG